AUGGCGAAUCAGGCUUCGGUGACUUCGGUGAUUGUGGGACAACGGCAGCAAGAACCGCUGAUUUUGCGUCUGUCGGCACCAGCCCCAGCUACCGAGCGUCCACACGUCACUUGGGCAGCCGAUGUUGUUGAUAACGAGCAUUUGGGUCGAAUGAAGUCGAAUUGCUGCUGCAUUUAUACUCGUCCACGACAAUGGGAUGACCCCAGCACUUGGGAGCAAGACGAACACGAGACCGAGCAUUGUCGUGGCCACACCCUUCCCCCACCCGGAGAUAAGGGUUCACACUCUGGACACGGAUCAAAGUGUUGC